GUUGGAGAUGAAAUCCCCAGUGUAGACCUAUUUGAGGAGACUCCAGCCAAUAAUGUCAACACUCGUGAUCUGUGUGCUGGACGCAAAGUGUUGAUAUUUGCUGUCCCCGGAGCUUUUACACCUGGCUGUUCCAAGACACAUCUACCAGGUUAUAUAUCUAAAGCUGAUGAGAUGAAAGACAAGGGCAUUCAAGAGAUUGCUUGUGUGGCAGUAAAUGAUCCAUUUGUAAUGGCAGCAUGGGGGGAAUACAAGGGUGCUGGAGAUAAGGUUCGCAUGCUGGCUGAUACUAAUGGUGAAUUUACCAAAGCAGUUGGACUUGAUCAAGAUUUGGCUGUUUUAGGGGGCUUAAGGUCAAAACGGUAUUCUAUGAUCGUUGAAGAUGGUAAAGUUGUUCAACUCAAUGUGGAACCUGAUGGAAAAGGUCUCACAUGUUCACUGGCAGAAAACACUUUAGCCAAAUUGUAGAUUACUGUACUCGUGUAAUUACUAUCUCCAUUUUCUGAUAAAUUAAUGUACUUCCAAGAAAAUUGAAAGUACAGUAUAGCAUUAUAGACUUUGAUUAUUCUUAGACCUAUCUUUGAUUAUCUGUAUUGUAGGUUUCUUUUUCAUUCUCCUAUUAAGAGUUCUAUCAGGCAUUAUUGACAUUGAUUAUCUACCAAAUAUUACAUUGGAACAUAAAUAUUUGGUUGUAAUUCUUUAGCCAUAACCAUGUUUCUAUUUCUUUCUUAGUACAUUCACCCUAAUAAUAAUUUGUCUUUAAAAAUUAUUGUUACAGAAAUGCAUUAAUAUAUUUAAUUUGGCAUACACUCGUACUGUCUAUGUAUUUUCUAUAAGACUUCAUAACUUUAGUGGAAGUGUGCAUGUUAUUUCCCAAUCUUUCCUAUUUUGUAAAGUGCAGGGAAUUUUGUUUCAUAUGCUAAUAAAUUAAGAGAAUGUAAGCGGUUAUAUCUUUAUUAAUUUUAUAGUAGUACAGUAUACAUCUGUCUGUGACACUUGCCAACACCAGUAAUUGUUUUAUUAAACUUGAAUUUAAUGUGCAUAAAAGGAAAAAAUAAACUCGCUAAUCUUGCUUUGUUUAUAAUGUGAUUUACUGUAGUACGGUAAUUGAAAAACACAGUAACUACUCAUAUACAGUAUAUUGAAUUAUGAAUAACAGAUUUAUGGAAUUGUUGGCAGAUUAAACUACAUCUUUUAAAAAAGGCAAGAGAUAUAGCUGUUAUAAAAACUCAUUCUCUUUUAGCAUAUAAUGUUAUUAACUUGAAUCAUGUUCAAGAGUUAACCAAAGCUACCAAUUUUGAAACAUUGUAAAUAUUGCUAAGAAAUAUCCUAUCAAUUGCAGGAGAGAGUUUGAUUUGUAUUUUAGAAAUAUUGCUUUUGUAUAUUGAUUUCACUGGAAUGAUGUUAACCAUGUCAAUGCAGAAAGAGAUACUCCUCAUGUUAUAAAUCUUACUGACUAUGGAACAUCUACAUGUUUAAAUCAAUUAUUUUUUUAUUUUGGUACCCAAGGGAUAUUUAUCCUGGAAACUUGCCUUGCUGUGUACAAAAUCAUAUUACAUAAUGCAUAAAACUGGAUAAAGUUCACUUGAUACUAAAAUGUAUUUUUAUGGAAUUCAGGAAAGUGUACUGUAGUAUUAUGUUAAUAAAUACUGAAUUCAGUUA